CCCGCUCCAGCGAGAACACUGCAACUGACACGGACAGCAAUUGAGUAGAAACAACAAAGAUGGCUGGCAUUGUCGUCGGCUCUGUGGCUGGCGCAGGCCUUACGCUGCUCAUUCAGCGCCUGUCUAAGCUCCGCAAGUCAGGUGGUAAAGGCGACGACAUCCAAGAGCGCUCGACCACAAGCUCGGCGGGCGGAGGAGCGGCGGCGUAUGAGACAAAGAAGGCCGUCGAUGAGUACCUUCAAUUUCACUUCGCCGCGCCUGCUGACCUGCUGCCCUACGCUAAUGGACCCAAGGAGGCGCUCAACUUCACCGCUCGCCUGGCGCAGCUGUGCGAGCUGCACUGCGAGGCGCUGAGGGACUUCACGGGGGAGCGCGGCGACGCCGUGGCGCUGGACCUGGGCUGUGCCGUGGGCGGGGCCGCGUUUGAGCUGGCACGCGCCUUCCCCCAUGUGCUGGGUAUUGACUACUCGCAUCACUUCGUGGAUGCCGCGAACUACAUGAAGGAGAAGGGCUUCUCCGAGUAUGAGGCGGUGGUGGAGGGCGACAUCAAGGCCACACACAUGGCGGCGGUGCCGGCAGACAUCGACCGCAACCGAGUGCGCUUCAUGCAGGGCGACGCCUGCGCGCUGCCCGCGGACCUGUCCCGCCUGGACUGCGUCCUGGCCGCCAACCUGCUGUGCCGCCUGCCGGAGCCCAUGGCCUUCCUCAACCGCUGCCGCUCGCUCAUCAAGCCCGGCGGCGUGCUGGUGCUGGUGUCGCCCUACUCCUGGCUCAAGGGCUGGACGGACAAGACCAAGUGGCUGGGCGGGUACUACGAGGACGGCAAGCCGGUGCGCACGUACGACACCAUCUGCGCCGUGCUGAGCCCCGACUUCGAGCUGGUGGCCAGCAGCGACGUGCCCUUCCUCAUCCGCGAGCACGCCCGCAAGUUCCAGUGGGGCUGCUCCAACGCCCUGGUCUGGAAGCGCAAGGGCCGCACCGCCUAAGCUAGUGCAGGGUGUUGAGGAGCAGCGGGAAGGCGGGGGGGGGCAGCGUGGGGCUGCGAGAAUGCGUGAGGGGCGCAGUGUGAGGAUGUGUUGGGGUAAGGGAGGAAGGGGGAAGCGGGCGUUGGAGGUGUGGCGUGACGAGGGGAGGAAGGAAGGGGGGUGUCAUGGUGGUGGUGUGGGGCGGGCGUGAGGCCCUGUGCUGCUGUGAAGCAGCUGAGUGGCUGGUUGUAGGAAAGUGGAGGUGGUAGUGACUGGACUGGUGUGUACGUGCUAGAGAUCUGCACAUCACGCGAGCACCCGUAUAUGGUACAGCAUUGAUGCGCGGAAGAGCAGGGGACAUGGGAAUGCUGCUUUGCUGCAACGGCUGGCCGACGCGUCCGGCACGACAUUGUGACAAUGACAAGAGAGAGGCAGUAAGGCCGCAUGGGGAAAUCGGGAAUGUUGGAAACGGGUGCAUCACUGCAUCGGUGGUGCACGCCUGCUAUAGCGGAGUACAGGAGCACUGGUUGCAGCUCUCCAGACUCUCAGUGUAGCUCAGUGCAAG